ACAGACAGAGAGAGACAGACAGAGAGAGAGAGAGAGACAGGCUAACAGUAUGAGUCUUCAUAAACUUUAUUAACAGUCUGAAUCAGUGACAGUAACAGAACUACAGCAUGGACUCACUGCUGGACUUUGAGGAGUGUGUCAAAGACUCACCUGACUUCAGACUGAAGUUGGAGCUGUUUGAGGCCGAUGUGUCAGUGCUGGAGACUCAGCUGGACAAGGUGAUGAAGCUGUGCAGUAAGAUGGUGGAGGCGGGACAAGCGUACAGCGCAGCCAAUCAGCUGUUCCUGAGCGGCCUGGCUGAACUCUCCAUGUACCAGAAGAAGGACGCCGUCAUCACUAACUGUCUGAACCAGUUCAACCAGGGUCUGCAGGAGAUGGUCAGCUUCCACACUAUGUUGUUCGAUCAGACUCAGAGAGCCAUCAGCCAGCAGCUGACCAACCUCUGUACACAGUUCCUGCCCCAGCUGGUGGAGACCAGGAGGGAGUUUGUCCGUAUCGGGGAGGAUCUGGAGACGGCAGCGGUGAAGAAUGCUCAGGUGUCUCGCCACAAAGCGGGAGACGCCGAGCGGGCGAGUCAUCUGCUGCUCGCCACACGGAAAUGUUACCAACACUUCGCCCUGGACUACUGUCUGCAGCUCAACACCUUCAAGACUCAGCAGAAAAUCGACAUCUUGAACUCCGUGUUCUCCUUCGUCCACGCUCAGUUCACCUUCUUCCACCAAGGCUUCGACCUGCUCCGGGACCUGGAGCCCACCAUGAAGACCACGGCAGCACAGUUGUCUCAGUUAUCGACAGAAUGUGCAGCUAAAAGAAAAGACCUGGAGAACUCCCACCUGCUGGUCCAACAGAGAGAUGCCUCAGGCGAGCCGACGGUCAGCCCGUGUCCCGGCAGCGACGACAUCAUCCAGGGUUACCUGUUCAAACGCUCCCGGAGGAAAACCAAAACCUGGAAGAGGUGCUGGUUUUCCAUCAGAGACAACCAGCUGAUUUACAGGAAGUCACACAAGGAGCAGAACGUGGUUCUGUUCGAGGAUCUCAGACUGUGUGCCGUCAAAUCUCUGGAGAACGUCGACCGGCGGUUCUGCUUCGAGCUGCUGUCGGUCCAAAAGUGCUGUGCUCUGCAGGCGGACUCGGACCAGUUGAAGCAGGCCUGGCUCAGCGCUCUGCAGGGCAGCAUCGACCUGGCCUACAGAGAGAGAGCGGACACUCAGCUCACUCAGCCUAAAGAGCUCCCCCCUCUCCUGGGGGGUGGCGACUCCUCCCCGGGCCCCCCCGCUAAGAGGCAGGCGGCACUGGGCGUGGCCCUCAGAGGCCCCGGGAACCACCGGUGCUGUGACUGCGGGGAGGAGGAGCCUCGCUGGGCCUCCAUCAACCUGGGAGUCACCAUGUGCAUCGAGUGCUCCGGCAUACACAGGAGUCUCGGCGUCCACCUGUCCAAGGUCAGAUCUCUCACUCUGGACUCAUGGGAGGCUGAACAGCUGAAGCUGCUGUGCGUUCUGGGUAAUGACGUCAUUAACCAGAUCUACGAGGCCAAGUGUUCAGAGGAGGGAGGGGUAAAACCCAGACCCGACAGCCCGAGAGCGGAGAAAGAGUCGUGGAUCAAAGAGAAAUAUGUGGAGAAGAGAUUUGUGCAGAACAGCAGCUCAGAUGGUGGCGGGAAGGACUCCGCCGCGCUGCGUCUGUAUCGGGCGGCGUUGGCCGGAGACCUGGUUGCCAUGGCAGCAGCGUUGGCGCACGGGGCGGAGGUCAACGGGAGCAUCGGCGAGGAGGAGGGACGCACGGCGCUGAUCGGAGCUGCCGUCGGGGGGUCACUGUCGGCCUGCGAGUUCCUGCUGCUGAACGGAGCAAACGUCAACCACAGAGACCUGAGAGGACGGGGAGCGCUGCACGCCGCCGCCACCGCCGGACACACCGGACAGGUGUGCCUGCUGUUGAAGAGAGGAGCCAAUCAGUACGCAGCAGACGAGAGAGGACAGGACCCGCUGGCCAUCGCCGUAGAAACGGCCAACGCUGACAUCGUCACACUACUGCGGAUGGCGAGGAUGAACGAAGAAAUGAGGGACUCAGAAGGAGUGUUUGGAGCUGUGGGAGACGACGAGACCUUUCAGGACAUCUUCCGUGACUUCAGCGACAUGGCGUCACACGACCCGGAGAGACUGAGCAGGCGGCAGUUCGGCCGCGGAGGAGACGAAGAGGAGGAGGAGGAGGGAGGAGGAAGAAUGACCAACAGCCGACAUGGAGUUGAAAAGACGUCAUAGUGAAACCCGUCUGAGUCCAGCCGCCACUGGGUUACCACGGUAACAGUGGAUGGUAGACUGACAGCCGAACAUACAGACGAUGUUUGUUUAUAAUAACAGUGUACACAUUAUUAUACUUCAUAUACAGUUACUGUGUUCAACUGGAGCUAAUGUUAACUUUUAUUAUCACUUAUUAUUUUCUCUUUUAUUUUGGUCUUUAAAAUAUUGUUAUUUGGAAACCCUGCCCAAGCCCCGCCCACUUUCCUCUCUGAGCAAAAAGGGGCGGGGCUUAGGGAGGUACAACUAGAAAACUCACUAAUCAGUGAGAAAUGUUGGUAGGAGUCUAUGGUUGGUAGGCUAGCUAUUUCCCCCUACUUCUAGUCUUAAUGCUAAGCUAAGGCUAACCACGUCCUCCUGCCUCAGCCUUGCAAGGAAGCGAAUAAGGGUAUUCUUAAAAUGUUGAACUGUUCCUUUGGUCAAAUAGUCAUUUCAGCAUAAGCUAACAGUAAACACUGCGUCCAGCUCACCUUGUUACAGUGCUAAUGGUUGUUAGCAUGCUAACAGUCCGGUUACAGAACAGGAAAUGAAUACGGUUACUUUGAGAGCAACGUUACCUCGUGCAGACUGUUAGCAUCCAUCAUGUUCACUAAAUAUUUGACUAAAACUAUAAUUAACUCAGGUCAGUAACUGUAACGAUGUCACACUCAGGUCUGAGGUCAGUACUGAGUGAAAUCUGAAGGUUAUAUAACUGUCAAUAUUCUCGUGAAACAUUUCAGAAAUAACCUUCAGUGUAUUUAUAUUCAGUUAUUUUCUCUCUAUGUAGUCGCAAUAGGAGGGUUAAUGUGUAUAAAACUGGACCUAAAUCACCAGUUUUCUUUACGAUAUGAUAUUAAAAGAGACAAUACGAUAUCUGCUGAUAUCAUAAAGUCUGCGAUUGAUGAGACAAUAUCGGCAUUAAACUCGAAACUUUCUCUCAUUUUACCAAAACAGUUCUCUGAAAUGUGUCUUUACGUAAGUGAGGGGUCGCCGGCGUGACGCCACAGCGCUGACCGGAUUCAAAUUACAUACUAAAGUACUGCCUAUUACAUCCUCAGUCAGUACUGCACACUGCGUGUUAAAUUAUUAAAAUACCGACUCAAACAUUCGUAUUUUCUGUCACACGACUGAAAGCGGUGUGCAGACUGAUCACGUCGUUACAGUCCGUUAUAACAUUUCCUCUCACACUCAGCAGAUUAUUGUGAGGCAACAUAACAUAAAAAAGGAGGGAGAGUGGAUCACUAAAGACUGAAAGAAACAAAGAAUGACGGUAAAUUUUAAUGUUUAAUGUCAGAUGCAGCGGGCAGUAUUCGCCGCUACCGUCAGUAUAUUUUACUGAGGAGGCGUCUGCGAGUGAAUGAAUACGAACAGUCGAUAGAAAUGUUGCUGCGUUGGCUGCAGGGGUCGGUGUCACUGUGGAGGGGGGGGUAGGUCAAAGGGGUCUGUGAGGUCUCCUGGCUGCUUCUUCUGGAGCUUCUCAACUGUGGAAAAGUUUGAGCACUUUCUCGAUUCGCCAUCCAUUGAAAUAACGCACGAAAAUAGUAAAAUAAAAAACUUGCUGAAACUGUCGGGCGGUUGAGUAUGCGCAGGAAGCUCACACCGUUAAAUACUCAGAUAUUCUCGCUCAUCUAGUUUACGUCCAGACUUCUCACAGUAACACUACAGACUCAAUUUGACUGUUUACUUUUACUGGCAAGAAAUUGAAGUUCGACGCCACAGAGACGACCUUCAGAGGAAAGUCACAAAUCACGUCGGCCUUUAGAUCGCACCAAGUUCUCUAGGAGGAGUUUCUUAAAGUACAAUGCGUGAAAAAAAAUCACCAAAAAUGACCACUAAAUUCAGAAAGGCCGACUUCCUGUUGGUUUUAGGGUCCAAGAGGGUUUUUUGUGUUAUUGCUGAAUUUCUCCAGACUUUUAUUUUAUCUCGUUAUCAGCGACAGAAAAUAAAGCCGAAUAUAAAUCGAUGUUUUUAUGAUUGUUGUUACUACUGGAAACGUUUGUGCGUGAAACAGGAUGUCGUGUUUCUGUUUCCUGUUUGUGUUCAGAAGGGAUUUAAUGUGCAGCUGCUGUUUGACUGAAGUCACUUUUAUUUCUUUAUCCAUCGUUUUUUUACGGCUGUUUUCUGUUUUAAUAUUAUUUUAUGAAUAAAGACUGAAGUGGACUAACAGACUGUAAAGAUAAAACAUUUUCAGGGUUUUAUUGAUGAUGUCGAUUCUUUGACCUACUGAAGACGUCAUUUCACUACGAGUCCUCGUCCUGAUAUCAGACUGUUAACUGAUGAGACGCUCAAUAAAACUCUUAAUAUAUCA